CGCUAUAUUUUUUUUUCUUUAUUAGUGUCAGAAAGAAACACCUUUAAAGUAAAAAGGCAAGUUGUUGCUUGUUUGUAACUCGUUUAUUGCUAAAAGCUAUUUUUAAAAAAGCCUGGAUGAGUCUUCUUUCUUUACUUUCCCUGGAUCUGGUAAAAACUUAGAAGUCGCUUUCUUUCACACAGUAGUAAUGGAUGAUAAUUAAUUAAAGUAACCCGAUAGGUAUAUCCUCUACAAGUUGAAGAUAAAUAGAUUGUCAUUGAUACACUUAUUUGUUACGCAAAUGAAUCAAAAGGAAAUGUAAAAGUAAGAAAGAAAAACUGGUCCAUUCUGUUCUCUUCGAUGAGGCGGUCGGCAGCGUCGCUUUAACGCCUUUCUGGGAGCUGAAACUUCAUUGGCUUCUUCUCCCCCUCGCCUCCUGGCCGUUCCUCUUCCGGGUGAGGUACUCGCUGGCUGAUGUGGAUCUAUCAGCCUGUCGCCCAGGAAACGGCGCAGGCGGCGUAAUCCCGCAAAGACUCAAAGACAGCGAAGCAUAAAAAAGCGAACUGCGCUGCGCCCCGGCGCGCUUAGGUGUGAUCGCUCCGGGACUCUUUGCUGAGGUCGUGCGUGUGCACGAGUCAGGCUUACUUUAAUGUAGGCGUAAAUCAUGAGCCAUGGAAGGGCAUGGUGAGCGCAAUUGUCCGAAAGAGGCAAGUAACACGGAGAUGCUCCUGGCUCUGCUGUCGCACAGUGAAGAGUUACGGAAAGAAAUCCCCGUGUGCGCAGGCUGCAACCAGCACAUUGUGGACCGUUUUAUCCUGAAGGUGCUGGACCGCCACUGGCACAGCAAGUGCCUGAAAUGCAGCGACUGUCAGGCGCAGCUGGCGGACAAGUGCUUCAGCAGGGGCGACAACGUCUACUGCAAAGACGAUUUCUUUAAAUUCGGCACCAAAUGCGCGGCCUGCCAGCAGGGGAUCCCGCCCACCCAGGUAGUGAGGAGAGCGCAGGACUUCGUCUACCAUUUGCACUGUUUUGCCUGCAUCGUGUGCAAGAGGCAGCUUGCCACAGGUGACGAAUACUACCUGAUGGAGGACAGCAGGCUGGUCUGCAAGGGCGACUAUGAGACCGCGAAGCAGAGAGAAGCAGACUCCACUGCAAAAAGGCCCCGCACCACCAUCACUGCUAAACAACUGGAGACGCUGAAGAACGCCUACAACAACUCCCCAAAACCAGCCCGCCACGUCCGGGAGCAGCUAUCAUCCGAGACCGGCCUGGACAUGCGAGUGGUCCAGGUCUGGUUUCAGAACAGACGAGCGAAAGAAAAACGCCUGAAGAAGGAUGCUGGACGGCAAAGGUGGGGCCAGUACUUCCGCAACAUGAAGAGGUCACGGGGAAGCUCCAAGUCCGACAAAGACAGCAUCCAGGAGGAGGGCAUGGAUAGCGACGCGGAGGUGUCUUUCACAGAUGAACCUCCCAUGUCAGAGCUCGGCCACACCAACAGCAUCUACAGCAGCCUGAGUGAGUCCUCUCCGGCCGUGGGGGGACGCCAAGCUGGCAACAACCACGGCGCCUUCCCUCUGGACCACGGCUCGCUUCCCUCGCAGGACCAGUUCCACGACAUCCGGUCCAGCAGCCCCUACGGUCUCCCCCAGUCGCCAGGGUCCCUGCACGCCCUGCCGAGGCACCAGCCUCUCAUCACCAGCCUCGUUUACCCCGAUUCAGGCCUUUCCAUCAUGACCCAGAGCGGCGGGCCGGGCAUCAACCCCUCGGUGAGGGUUUCCAUGGGGGCAGCCAACGGCCCCAGCUCGGACCUCUCCACUGGCAGCAGCGGCGGGUACCCGGAUUUUCCUGCAAGUCCCGCGUCGUGGCUAGACGAUGUGGACCACGGCCAGUUUUGAGUUUGUCACCAAUAAGCUUGACUCUUUUUUUUUUUUUUUUUUUUUCGUUGGCUUAUGUUUUGUGUGUUCUGCUGGAUUGAAGAAAUGCAGGAUGCAGGGCGACGUUUGUGUAAAGUGGCAGAGCAACUGUGGGGGGGCUGGGAGGGGGGGAUCUCAGUAACAUUUGCCAGAGUAAUUUAUUACGAAGGAGAAAAGGAAAAAAAAAGUUGUCCUUCAUUUAAAGCCUUGGGUCUUAUCUGUCGUCAGACUGUUUGCAAAUCACCGAUCUGUGACGAAAUCGAUACUUUUUAGAUAACACACUGAGCUGUUUUAAAGCUAAAUAGAUCUUACUAGACAAGGUUUAGAUAUUAAACGUGUUUUAUGGUCGUUGUUUGUUUUUGUUUGUUUUUUUUUCUUCUUCUUUUGCUCAGAUAUCAUCCCACUUCUCUUAUUUAACUUCAGCAUGAUCAGGUGAAAGAUCCAGUUCAAUGCAUAGCAUCUUUAAAUGUCUGGUUGUUGCCAAAUGUCUAUAUCUAAAUAAAUAAAUAAAUAUAUAUAUAUAUAUACAUAUGGUUUAUCAAUGUAGAGACUAUAUUUUUAUACAACCCCGUUCAUGGACAUGGAAAAAAAGAAGCCAGGCAUGAGGACUUUGUACAUUCGUGAACAGGGAUUUAGGCAAAAAAAAUAAAAUAAAAAUGUGGAUGUCAUCUCAAAAUGGUACCUAGAGGUCCAAUCACUUCUAUGCAUUUGUGUGCUCUCAGAUGUGUCUUGUUUGUUUCUUUGUACUGGAAACCACCUCAAAGAUGAACUGUAGAGACUGAGAUCGGUGGGGCUUUGAUGUAUAUGUUUGUUUAUGUGAAAAAUGUUUUAUGUAUUAUUUAUUCCCGACGGUAAUGACUUUGAUUCAUAAAUAAACAGCAGGACUUUAAUAAAUUUCUCACCUUACUGAA